CUUUCUCGUCUCUCUCUAUCCUCACACCAAAAACAAUCUUUCACUUGCCAUUUCCUUCUUCGCACUGUUCCUCACCAAUGGCUUCCCUCUCUCUCCCUAAUCACUAUCUUCCCACCUUGCUUCGCUCUCAUUCUUCCAACUACCCAUCUUCCCAAAACCUCCCACUCUCUUCCACGCCUUCAAAUUCUCAAUUUUUCGGUCUCAAGUUCUCUCAUUCUCCUUCUUCCUCAAUCCCCUCUUCUUCUUCCCUCAGAACCUCCAUUUUCGCCAAGGUGAGUAAAGGUUCUAAGCCACCGAAUUUCACACUGAAAGAUCAGAAUGGAAAGAAUGUGAGCCUCUCCAGCUUCAAGGGAAAGCCAGUAGUUGUAUAUUUCUACCCUGCUGAUGAGACCCCUGGCUGUACCAAACAGGCUUGUGCUUUCAGGGAUUCGUAUGAGAAGUUCAAGAAAGCAGGAGCAGUGGUUGUUGGGAUAAGUGGCGAUGAUGCUUCCUCGCACAAGGCAUUUGCCAGCAAAUACAAACUUCCAUUUACAUUGUUGAGUGAUGAGGGCAACAAGGUGAGAAAGGAAUGGGGAGUGCCAGGUGAUUUCUUUGGAUCAUUGCCUGGAAGAGAGACUUAUGUGAUUGACAAAAAUGGGGUGGUUCAGCUUGUCUACAACAAUCAAUUCCAACCAGAAAAGCAUAUUGAUGAGACCCUGAAAAUACUUCAGAGCCUUUGAGGCUUUUUUUAUUCUUUUGUUUUCUAUCCCCGCGGGCCUGAUUCAGAGUCUGGCAAAUAUUUAACUGUGAAUUUUAAGUUUGUAAGCUCUGUAAUUAUGUAGCUGAUUUUGGAGCCUUUGAUCACAUUUCUUGGAGGUGAUGACAUGUAGAGAGAAAAAGAUUAUAACCUCUCCGGUGGAAAUAAUGCCUUCAUUUGCCAAAAAUACAGUGAGAUUAUAUAUGUAUCUUUUC